UUUUGUUAUCUUCUUUCCAUUUUGUCAUCCCUUCGCCAGUUUUGGGCACUCAUCCGCGCCUAUCUCCAGAAGGCCAGUCCAUGCAAAUGUCGAGCACGCCAGUUGCAUCAGCUGCCCACGAAGGGGUGCGGGGGGUCAGCCCAUUCAGCGAUGCCACCAUUGCAUUUGCUGUGGAUGUAUCGGGGAGCACGUUCGGCCCAGCCCUUGCCGCCGAGAAGAGGUUCAUCCGCUAUGUUUCCGACAUGCUGUCGCCACGGUCCCGCGCCUUGUCGAGAAUCCUGCCCUGGGACGACAAGGCCUAUGCGACGCUCGACCUGGCAUCGGUAGACCAGCUCGAAGACGCUGGUGGCACUGAUCCGGGGGCCAUUCUCGCAGACCCCAGGCACAAAGCCGUGCUGCGCGAGUCCUCACUCUGGUUCCUGAUGACUGACGGCCUCAUUUACAAGGAUCUCAGAGUUAAGUUUGCCCAGGACGUCGCCAGCAAUGGAGUCCACGGCACCAGCUGCGUUGUUGUGAUCUUCGGCGAUCCUGGCAAAGGCCCGGCUGCGUGCGAUAUCUCGGUGGGAAUAUCGGUGUUCGCUGUCGCCCCCGACUGCGCAUUUCUUUUCUGCAACGAGACCAACGGGGACCUGCGCAUCCUGCAGACGAAGGGAGCGUUCAAUGUGCUGCUCAAAGGCAUGCCGCAUCCCGUUUUCGACGCCUCGUCACGCUGGGACUCGCUGCCACAGAUGUCCCUGGCCAGCUUGGCCGCCGUCCAGAUCCCAACGCCGCAUCGUUUGAGGCCCGACCAGAUUGCACUGCAAGACUCGCUGGUGAUCAGCAUGGAAGACCUAUUCGGCAAUCGCCUCAGCCCAGAGCAAGUCUCGACCGUUUUGGAUAACAAUGACAACCUCCACACCAUCAUUAUGACCUCGGGAACGCGAGAUCAACAAGAACGCUUCCAGUCCUGGAUUCAGGAGCAGACCAUCGAGCCGGACGAACCACUGUUCAAACCCCGGCCUGACCGCGAGGGGAAGGCACAGUCGCUUUUCCGCGAGCUCGGUGAUAUUGUGCGUCGCGGCCAAGGCUCUGCUGUGCCUGAUGCGCUACGUGCUCGCUUGCGGAAGGCGCACCACGCCAAUAUGGAGUCCUUCAUCCGAGACGUCGAUAAGAAGGCUCGCAAAGUAAACGAACGCAACAUGCUCAUUAGCUCUGCUGAGAGCAGCGUUGCGACACCCGUCUGUAACAGUGACUUCCUCAGCUCACCAACUGAAGUCAUCACUCGAUCACCAACUGAAGUCGCCACUCGAUCACAACCCAUUACACUCGAGGCAGCGGCAUCCCCGCCAAGCACACCGGAUCGUGUCGGUCAGUUACGGCGCAUGUUGCAGUCUUGGGGAAGCCGUCGGCAGAAGCCCCUACCCAAGGGGCAAGGGGACGAAGCCCUACCCAAGGGGCAAGGGGACGAAGACCUACCCGAAAAGCAUGAGGACGAGCCGAUCUGGGGCAGCUGGAAUGCUGACAUCAGCGACCGUUCGCUGUUGGGUCUGCUGUAUACUAGUGGCUUCCACGCCACGGGUGGCUCCUUCAGGGGCACCUGCCCGCUCUGUCACGCAUCCGACAUGACUAUGGCAUGGCUCUUCCGGGUCCCGGUCCCGGGCGGCGAGCUUACGCCUCGCUCCUCCAUCUCCAGCCCGACGCCCAACUUCCCGUCCCAAGGCAGCUGCGUGCGGCUCUCAUUCCCCCUGGCCAUGGGCCUCUGGCCCGAGACCGCCGGCGUCCUGACCGUGCCGCCGCCAGCGCCGACCGCAGCGGCAGGCAAGUGCCGCGCAGUGGCCCCGUCGGCGCACCAGAUGGCGCCGCCCGCGCUCGUUUGUGAGCCCUGCUCCGUGUUCUUCGCCCGCGGCGGCGCGUCCGAGCACGGCGUCGCCGCUGCGCUGCCGCUCGUGCGCUAUAAGCACAACCGCGACGCCGUCGACCGCACGCUCCGCGUCGUCUUCGAAGACCGGUUCUCGGACGCGCAUCUACCCGAGGUGUUCCUGUCGGUGCUGCUGAUGGCGGCGUCAUCGUUGGCGUCGCCGUCGCCGUCUGCCGGGGAUGGUGCCGGCAGCCACCGGUUGUCCACCGCCGUCGACAUAGGGACGGGUGCGGCGGCGACCCGGGAGCAGAGUAUGUUCCGCGCCGCCGUCGAGUGGACCGCGCGGGACCUGCUGAAGACGGCCCUCACAGUGCAUGAGCUCUCUGAGUCCUUUUGUCGCAAGGGUGAGGUUCCGGCACGGGAGUGUGUGCUGGGCUCCGUGCUCGUCGAUGCCUUUGUGGACCCGGCCUUCCUGAGCGGCAGCUUCGGGACGGAGGGGAAGCCUCUCCUGCAGUAUCCACUGGCCGGCUUCGUGGUCAUCCUGCAGGCCGCGGCCAUCGCCGGCGUCGAGCCGCAGUGGCGUCAACAAGUGGCGCUGCAGCGGCUGUUGGUCCUGCUGUGCGAGAGGGCGCUCGAGACCCUGGCGGGCGAGCAGGUCCUGCAGGACGUGCUCGGGGCUUCGCAGGUCGGCGGGCCCGUGACCAUCUCGUCCCUGCAGUCGACGCGGCUCCUUGGUGUUCAGAACUACAAUCUGAUGCGCAAGGCGGAAGAGUUUCGAAUCCUAGACGAUCCCUCGCUCACCUGGGUCACACGCGAAAUUACGGCCUUUCUGCAAGGUCUCCUUCGAACGAUGCUAGCCGGGCCUAGAUUGUCAGCGUGGGACACCUUUCUCAAAGCUCGUAGUGGAGGAGAAGAGACACACAUGGAUGGGACCAGGUAAUGCGGUCAUCAGAAUGGCGUGGGUAGUUAGUGUAUGUACUCAGAAACGUCUCGAUUACAUUCAUCUCUUUAGCAUCAAACAGACCCUAUUCUUGGCCCCCCCAUCUCUUCAUCCUUUGCAAUAGUACCUAUCAAUAAGACAACACCCAGUAACUUCCGC